CUUUAUUAACAAUGUGAGAGUUUAUUUUUUUUACCUCUCCGCCUCCUAGAUACUUAUUCCCAACCUCUUGCUCUUUCUUCAUUUCAACAUUCACUCUGAGUCAGGGGCAAGUGCAAUAUUGUGUAGUACAACGGAGAUACUGCACCACAGCUUUCAUACAAGUGUUCGUAAUCUCAAAUUCUAGGGCUUUCUGGAGAUGUAUCCUCUCAUUUGACUGCAACUCAGAGUUUCUAUCCUUGGGCAUAACUGUCCGCACUUUCUGUGGAUUGGUUUCGUCCUCAGUUCGGCCUUGAACAUCUAAACAUUUUGGACUUCUCUCACCAACUGAAGCAGCUUAAAUUGAGUGAAUAUCCAGCCAUGCAGAUGCUAUGGACAUGUAUCAUGUUCAUUUGUCUGUGUGGCACAGUUUUAUCAGGACAAAUCCUAAACUCUUUACGGGACAUGGAUGCAUACUUGGAAGACACAUCAUUUGAGACACGUGAAUUAAAAACAGCAGCCAUUCAUCCACCAGGAAUUGAUACGCGAGUGAUCUUGUUAAACAUUUCAAGUGCAGCCAUCCCUGCUGAAGAGAGUGAGGAUGAGCUUCUUCACAUGGAGGCAGAGGAGGAGAGGGGACAUCGAGGAGUUGAUUUCGGGAAGCUGGAGGCUGGUAGAAGAAAGAGAGGUGCCUGGGGGAAGAGGAAGCAUGCAGCUACAGUGGAGUCCAAUGCAUAUAGAAUAGCAGGGUUGGGGCAACCCCUGAUGGGCUGGAGGAAGCGUGGAAAAGGAGCGGAGGAUGCCGGCGCUCUCAUGGCUGUACUCAAGGAGCUGCAUGCUGAAAAGCGGCGGCUGAUGGAUCAAGGGAAAGCACAAGAGGAGGAGGAUGAAGAUGAUGACGACGACGAUGAUGAUGAUGAUGAUGAAGAGGAGGAAGAGGAAGAGGAAGAAGAAGAAGAAGAGGAGGAGGAAGAAGAAGAAGAAGAAGAAGAAGAAGAAGAAGAAGAAGAAGAAGAAGAAGAAGAAGAAGAAGAAGAAGAAGAAGAAGCAACUGAGUCUCCCAACAAUCAAACAGAAACACACUCCGGCUUUACAGAGUCUCCUCUCAGCGGGUGUCAGACUGCGGACAGAGAAAUCAGCUGCAGGGGCAUCGGCAUGACUCACCUGCCAAUCAUCCACAACCUGAUGGCCACAAACCUGGACAUGGCAGAGAACAACAUCAGAGUCAUUGCUCCAGAAGAUUUCUCUGGUCUGCUGAACCUGGACACGCUGGACCUGAGCAAAAACCAACUGGCUGAUGAUUCCUUCAGCCAAAACCCACUGUCUAAUCUGACCUUUCUGAAGAAGCUGAACCUAGAUGGCAACCAGCUGACCAGGAUCCCAGCACUGCCGCCAUCUCUGGAGGAGCUCAAGAUUAACAACAACAAGCUCACUACCCUCACCCCUCACUGUUUCAAAGGUUUGAUGAACCUGUUGAAUCUGGAGCUGGAGGAGAAUACUCUCCAUGAGGGAAGUGUGUCGCCACUAGCCUUCCGACCCCUAGAGAGACUUCUGGACCUCCAGCUGGACAACAACCGCUUCAGUUCCCUCCCUCUGGGCCUUCCUCCCUCUCUUCAGGAGCUGGAGAUGAAUAUGAAUCUGAUUGAGGAAGUGACAGAUGAAGCUCUGAGGGGCUGCGUCCAUUUGAGAGUGCUGGACCUGAGUCACAACCUGCUGCAUGAGCAAGGCAUCGGCACCCACGCCUGGACCCGGCUCAAGUCACUGGAAGCCUUGGACCUCUCCUACAACCAAUUAACCUCUGUCCCAAUGAAUUUGCCUCGCUGUCUCCGUAAUCUGACCCUCCAACACAACAACAUUAGUUACAUCCCCGCCUUUGCGUUCCGUCACCUGCGGCCCGGCCUACAGUCCCUCUGCUUAUCCCACAAUGACUUGAGAAAUGAGGGUAUGGAAAGAGUCUCUUUUGUCGGAACAUACCGCUCACUGAGUGAGCUUUUACUGGACAACAAUCGUUUGGAGGAUGUACCUCGCUGUGUUCGACAGUUUAAGAACCUGCAGGUGCUGAGGCUGGACAACAACCAGAUCAGGCUGCUGAGGAAAUGGGGAGUGUGCCACCCUCGUAAUUCUGGCUCCACCUUGGCUUCGAUCCAUUUGGAAAAUAAUCUGCUGGAUGUGGAGAGGAUUCCCCCAAAUGCCUUCUCCUGUCUCGCUGAUGCUCAGGGACUGGUCCUGUACCCACAGCAGGGUUACUCAUACGACCAGUAGACCACACAGACAGACACAUACCCACAAUAUAUGCAUGUGCAUCCUCAUGAAAAGCUCCGAAAAAAGUCAGUCAGUGCUAUCAUUUUAUCAUCUCCAAACCCAUCAUUUUCCUUCUCAUAUUGUCUUUGAUUAGGAAAAUGACUGUAAUGCUUUUUUUAAUGUAUUAAGGCAAAUGUCUAAUAUACACUGUAAUGGAACUAAUCAUAUAAAAUGCUCCUGGAAGUGUAAAAAGAUCAUUUAAGUGCAAUCUUGAUCUGCGCAAAAAUCUGUCUUUUCAUUAAGUAUAAGGUAUUAAAGAGAUACUUUUGAGAAAAUUAAGACUGAAAUGGAUUAACCCAUGUCUCUAGUCUAAGUCUAGGGCUUGUAGGAGUCUUUAAUCAGGGUAAGUAGAAAUGUGACAGAGAUACGACGGGUCAUGAAGCAGUCAGAUCUUGGGACUGCAGCAUGGGGGUCCCUGAGAGAAAAUGAAAAUGUCUGGUGACACAGUGUGAACCUCAGAGGCCCAUUAGGAAGGAAAAUAUAAACAUCACGCAGGUUCUCUAUCACCAGAUGAGGUCCAACAUAAACAUCCACCACCAGCCGCUCAGUAAAAAUACAGAGUCACUCUGACUAUUAGGGGGGGCCUCAGUCAGGGCCUCCAAACAUGUAGAGGUGACGUCAGACACUGUAGGAUUAUGUACAGUGAUUGGGGUGCAGGUAUGUGUGCGUGAGAGAAGCAGGGCAGCCCAGUAUUUGGGUUAGCAGGAGGGAAGAAGGCGAGGAACAUGUUAGCGCAGAGUGGGGUUAUGGGACAAACAACAAGCUGACUUUUAACACACAAUACAGGGAUUGUUCUAAAGCCGAUCAGUGAAAGAUGAGAAGAGCAGCAGUUCAUGUCUAGUUGAGUCCAAUAAGACAAAGCUAGUGACAGGAAAGGAGAUUCAAAACAGAGAAUGCAGGAAGGCAGAGGGCUGUGUUCAGAGCCCUUUUCCUGUUUCCCAGGAACUAAAGGCACUGGAGCUCUGGUGUCUUUCCAACCUCAUUGACGAAAUGACUUCUAAAUGUUCUCUCAUUCUCAUUUUGUGUAUCUAUUGCCAGUAUUGUAUCUGACUGCCCAUCUUUAUCCCUCUCCCUAUGCCCUUUCUCUCUCACCUCCUCCUGCACAGCUAAGUACAAAAUCAGCUAACAAUGCACCAUUCUUCUGUCUCAACAUAUCUAUGAUCUCGGGCCCCUUCAGAGAUGCUUGGAGCUCUGUGGUACGAGUGUGGUGUGAAUGAGAGCCUUGUUGUCUAUAACAUUUCUGGGCUAGGUACCAUCCUGAUGAUAACAUAACAGAGCCCGAGGAAAAAGCAAAACCCUGUUGCACUCUAGUUAUUGUUUUCUCUGAAACAUCAACUCCCUCUCUUUUUAUUCCUCCCAUUCUGUAUUAUUACCCAGAAACUUGCCUUGAUUCACAAUGUAGUCAGCUACUUUACACCAAAUCCUGCUGCGACAAACAUAAUAUCUGUAUUUGCAGUCUCACAGAAAAAACAAACUACAAACUAAAUAUUUUAUGAGAGCUGAUGCAAGUGCGAGCAAUUCACUGUUGAAGUAGUCUCUUUAAUCGGUUAAACCGCCCAUGCAAAGACACAAUAGGCCUAGACUUUACAGUAUAUCACUUAGACUAAUGAAUAUAAUUAAAAUGAUAAAAUGUUGA